AUGUCUUCGAGUCAACCGAUAUUGCCCCAAGGCGCGGGCUAUGGUGUCGUCGUCGGGAUCGGGCUGUUCUUCAGCGCGUUCAUGGUGAUGUUGACCGCCAUCCAGGCGCGCUAUACUGGCUUUUCUCCGAAGAACUCGGAAGAGUUUAGCAGCGCGUCGAGAAGCGUCAAGCCUGGGCUGAUCGCGUCCGGCAUCGUGUCCGCGUGGACGUGGAGCGCGACCUUGUUGCAAUCGAGCGCGGUGGCGUACAAGUACGGCAUCUCGGGUCCGUGGUGGUACGGAGCCGGCGCGACGGUGCAAGUCCUGCUGUUCGCUCAGCUCGCUGCAAAGCUGAAGCUGCAUGCGCCGUACGCCCACACCUGGCUCGAAAUCGUCGGCGCACGAUGGGGUAAUAUCGCCCACGGCGUCUUCAUGUGCUUCGGCCUCGCGACGAACAUCAUUGUCUCGUCCAUGCUCGCUGUGGGCGGCUCAGCCACCGUGACUGACCUCACUGGGAUGAACACCCUCGCCGCCUGCUUCCUCACCCCCCUCGGUGUCGCCAUCUACGUCGUCGUCGGCGGCAUGCGCUCCACCCUCCUCUGCGACUACACCCACACCACCGUCCUCUUCGCCAUCAUCCUCGUCUUCGUCUUCACCGUCUACGCCACCUCCCCCAAAAUCGGCUCCUUCGCGCGCAUGCACGCGCUCCUCGCCGCCGCCGCCGAACGGACCCCGGUCGACGGGAACGCCCAGGGCUCCUACCUCACCAUGCGCAGCCGCAACGGCCUCAUCUUCGGCGUCAUCAACGUCAUCGGCAAUUUCGCGACCGUGUUCCAGGACCAGGCGUACUGGCAGCGCGCGAUCGCGAGCAGGCCCGCGAGCACGGUCAAGGCGUAUCUGCUCGGCGGAUUGGCUUGGUUCGCGAUCCCCUUCACGUUCGCGACGACGUUGGGCUUGGCGGCGGUGGCGUUGAGAGGCGAUCCCGCGAUGCCGACGUUGUCCGCUGCGGACGUCUCCGCCGGCCUUCCGGCGUCCGCCGCCGCGGGCGCGCUCCUCAACAAAGCCGGCGCCGGUAUCCUCCUCGUCCUUCUCUAUCUCGCCGUCACGUCCGCGACGUCGGCAGAGCUCAUCGCCGUCUCGUCGAUCCUCACGUAUGACGUGUACAAGCGCUACAUCAACCCCAACGCGACCGAAGCGCAGAUUCUCACCAUGGGACACGCGAUGGUCGCUUUCUUCGCGGUGGUGAUCGGAUUCUGCGGCCUGAUAUUCUUCUACAUUGGGAUCUCCAUGGGGUGGCUUUACACGUUCAUGGGUGUCAUACUCGGAUCCGCGGUUGUACCUAUCGCCCUCUGCAUCACCUGGUCCAAAGCAAACAAGUGGGGCUGCAUCAGCGGCGCCCUCAUCGGUUUCUGUUCCGGUGUCACCGCCUGGCUCGUGACUACCAGCGCCCUUAACGGGGGCGAGAUUAACGUGACGACUAGCGGAGGCGACUUCGAGAUGCUCGCAGGCAACCUCGCCUCUAUCUGCGUGGGCGGUAUCGUGGCCGUCACCGUCUCGCUCAUCUGGCCGGAGAACUACGAUUUUGAGGGCACGCGCGCUAUCAACGCGCCCGUACGCGAGCCGAAGCCGAGCGUGACCGAGCGGUCCUCUGCGGACGAAGAAGAGGACUACGAGGAGAAGAACGCGAGGGAGAAGCACCCGGAAGCCGUGAACGUGCACGCCGUCUCCGAGGAGGAAGAGAACGAGCUCGACCCGCGCGCGCUCAAGAAGGCGUUCCGCUUCGCCGCGUGGUCGUCCGCCGCUCUCACUCUGGUCCUGCUCAUCCUCGUCCCGUUCCCGCUCUUCGGCGCGCAGACGAUAUUCGGCGUGCGUGGGUUCACGGCGUGGACCGUGAUCGGCAUCAUAUGGACGUUCAUGUCCGCCUUUUCUGUUGUGCUAUACCCUCUUUGGGAGAGCCGGGCGGCCCUGCGGCAGAUUACGCAGGGGAUGAUCAAGGAUAUGUUUGCGCCGGGUACAGGGAAGUACACGCACUCGGAGCCUCAGACGAACGAGGAUACGAAUGCCUGAGGAUUGUGAUAAAAUGUUUGAGAUAGAAUGGCUGCGACUUAUUCGUACAGCCAAAGAACGUAUUGGGAAUGAAUGUUCGGAGGAAAAUGUAGUACUACAAUGAUAUGAUGGCCAUGCAGGGAUGUAGCUAUUACUGGCCGAAAUGCAAUGAACAAGUUGGCAUUGCUUCCUGGAGACUAUAAGGCUUCAUUCAAAAGUUCGGAGCCGCAGCGCGAAGCUUGAUCGACACCGGAAAGACGUUUGGGGUCCUGAACACGCCGUUCUCGACGACAAGUUCCGGUGGCAUCUCCUUCCCGUCGGUAUCACGGGCCGGUUCGAUGUCGAGAGCGGCACACAUGGUGGCAAUCAACAGCCAAGCUGAGGACUCGACGAGGUGUGUACCGGGGCAGCGCCGCCGACCAAAACCAAACACAUAGUUCCUAGGAUCGCGCCUACGCCUUUCCCGCUCGAGGUUUUCCUCGUCGUCUGCAACAUUCGGGUCCUGUGGAUCCACGUUGCUGACCUCAUACCUCUCCGGAAAGAAUUCGUCAGGAUUAGGGUAGACCCGCUCGUCGCGUAAAAUUGCCCAGAUGUUCGCGAACACGAAUGAUCCUUUGGGGAUCAAGUACUCCUUCGCUUGAUCCCCGUUCUCGGAUACGGCGUAAAUGUCGUCCGCCUGGAGUCGAUGCGGCAACCCUGCUGGGACCGGCGCCGCGUACCGCAGCGUCUCGGAGAGAACGUGUUCGAGGUAUGGAAGUCGUGGGCGAUCGGCGAACAUCGGUAAUCUUACGGUUCUCUCUCUUGUGACCGGAUCGGUAGAGCGUAAGACGGAAUCG